UGGAAAGAGCACUCACUGCCACGAUGCUGUCUGGAAUAGUCGUCCUUUUCAGUCUUCUUCUCACGGUUAAUUCGGCACAGCGGUAUGAAAGGCUUCAGAGACAAUACAGAGAAUUGGCUAACAAGGUCAGUGUACUGUCAGAGGGUCUCGACACAGUGAUGAAGAACAUGAAGAGGUAUGAGAAGAUAGACCGUGCCCUGCAAAAUCUGUGUGCGCAGCUCUCUGAAGAAGAUGAAGAAGUAGAUGAUGAUCAUGAUGAUGAUGAAGUGAAAUCAGGACCAUUGGAAGCAACCAAAAAGUAUGACCAAACAGAUAGCGUUCUGCACAAUACGAAUACUCAACUUUCUGGAGGUGACGGAGGAGGGAGGUCAGACUCAUUCAGGCUUCAAGAUGCAGACCUACAGGUAACAUUUGCUAAAGUGGAACCAGAUCAGGAGCAACAGUCUUUCUUCUUCCAAUAUUCAGCACCAGUUAAAGCAGUUGUAAGAGUACGUGCUUCGUUUGAUGACAGAAUAAUUAACGUUGAAAACAGGUUUGAUGAUGGACAUGGCAACAUCACUGUUCAUUCUAAUCAAUAUCUGAUGUUAACAUUAUUUUUACCAAACAGAGAACAAGUGCUUACUAAAAUGUACACGACAGUGAAUUCCGUAAAUGAAUCCGGACAAGUUGAUGUCCCUACGUUAAGUCUUAAUACUCUGCCGAGUGUGGAAGCUGUGUUCGAAAAAGGUUCAUCCACCAACAUUACAAUACGUUACGUAUCUGGUGGCGAAGGCUCUCAACCUGAUUCAGAUUAUAUUUUUUACGCUGUUAACACAACUGCGCCCAACACAAUUAACGCUUAUAACCAAAGAAGUCGACCUAACCCAGUGAUUGUGGGUGCGAGACCCACGAAGGAUGAUUCCAAUCACACGGACAUAAUAGUAACUAUCAAUGCUGAUAAGAAUGAUCGUGAAGGAAUCUUACUUCUCCGGCUUAAUCUCCAGCCAAUAAGGAUCACUAAAUUCGAUCUAUCCCUUGGCAAGGAACUACACAUUCCUGUCAGAAGGGCUGACCAUACUGCGCCCUUUCCGAAAGGAUAUUUGGGAUUUUACUUUGACCGUUUUUCAAGUUCUAUCCAAUCGGAUUUUUUGGGAUGUGCAGAACAUGGAAGUUGUACUGGAUCCGUUCUAUUGCUCGGUGACGACCCUAAAAAUAUAACUAUAUGGAGAAUAGUGGGUGGACUAAAGACAGCAACCAGUCUUGUAACGGCGAUGGAUGUUACAUCACUGUACACUGUAAGGAUGGUAUUUCGUUUGGUCAAUGCGUCCUUAUCAGACACAGGGAGAUAUGUCAUACAAGGGGCAAGUGUGUCUGGCGUGGUCAUUGAGAAAGAACUGCUUGUGGAAGUCCGGGGUCAAUUUUCUGUGGUGAAAAAGUCUUCAGACGUGAGGACAAAUACGCCAGAAAAACUUGUUGUCCGUUGCUUGGUCAUGGGGUACCCCUCACCAGAAAUUGGAUUCUAUGACAGGCCUUGGGGCGAAGCGGACCGCUAUCAGUUUGUGAGAGGACCAGGCGUGACAAUAAGAGGUCAUAAGAGUCUUGAUACCUCCUUCUCGGAGUUGACCAUACAAGGACCUCACGAGGAGAUCCAGGAAAUAUACUGUCAACCUGAAACGGAUACCUAUUCGGAGGAAUUUCUUCUUUAUGAUUCAAGUGAUGAGGAUGACGACAUUGCUGAUCUUUAGUGUUAUUUACGAAUGACCUAGGUGUCGUUCCUCAAAGCGACCUUAGCACUAUGGUGAUCGUGACCUUCACACCUUAACAUCGACUUCCGACAAUGUUAGUGCGAAGAUCGCUAUGUACUUUGAUUAUGAAGUAACAUAUUUGGAACUUCUUAGAUUCAUAGCAUGCAAUAUGUACAUUGACAGUCUUUUCAUUAUUAUUACUACUCUGUCACUUGUCAUUAACCAAACACAUGUUUGUAUACUAGGGUAACGGAUAUAAUAUGUAUCAAUGAACUGUUUAUCAUACAACGGAGAUAUUAGUGAGAAAUGAUCUUCUUUUCUUCAGGGUUUAAAUCCCAAAACUAAGAACCUCUGAGAGUCUUCAUGUCUCAAUAAUCACCCACACUGCAUUCCUACCGUCAUAAGACACCACAAUAAACCUAUAAGUAUAAAUGGCGAUAAUAAAUCAUUUUACUCUAAAUAC